ACAGGUUACAUGGAGCCUUGAUGACCGAGCAGCUAACAAGCGUGUGCACUGACCAGUCAGCGGUCGUAUAUACCUGGGCCCUCGUAUAUAAGGAUCACCCUGGAGCCCUUGUGCUCAGUGUGUUUCUCGCGCUGGUCGUGUGGAUACUUAUUACAGGAUGGAACGCUUACUAUUCGUAUCACUACUGUAUGUAGUGUCUGCUUCACAUUUCGUAGCUGAAGAUGGAAGCCUCAUACUCUCUCCCUCAACUGGACAAACUGAAGAACCUCUCCCCGUACUUAUCCCACAGACUCCAUCCCAAAGUGACCUUCAAAACUCUCCAUUCCCAGGUUCUCCAACUUAUCAACAAUCUCUGCAAUCUCCCCUUCAAUUGCAACUUGCCACUCCUGUGCCAUUUCUACCACGCAUCCCUGGGCAACAGAUCUUGCCCCAGUUCCAACAGCUACCCCAACUUUCAACUGCCCAGAUUUUUCUUCCAUUACCUCAGAAAUUCUCCGCUCCACAAGCUUCCUCACCACCUCGCUUUACUAUCCCACAACCUAUACAACCCAUCACUACCUUCUCUCCGCAAAAUCACAUCUGCGGUCCAGCGAACUCUAUGAUCGACGCAACGCGUGGAGUUCGGGCCUACCACUUCUCCUGGUGUCGAGAACCAACACACUUCUCUUGGGAUCAAGCACGCUCUUACUGCCAGAGGGUCCAUCCAGACUUCCAGGCCAUCAGCAUAGAGGAUCGUGAUGAGGAUGACUUCGUAACAACAGUUUUAUCCAUGCAUUCGAUAAAAUACAUCUGGACGAGUGGCAACAAGCUGGGAUCAAAUUCGUGGAGAUGGUUGACUGGCAAUCCUGUAGUCUACAACAAUUGGUCUUACACGGGAGGACAAGGAAGACCACAGCCUGAUAAUCGUGAAGGCAACGAAGUCUGUCUUGGUGUGCUGAAUAACUUCUACAACGACGGCAUAAAAUGGCACGACAUUGCUUGUCACCACUUAAAACCAGUUAUUUGCGAAACUAGGACCUAGCUUUAAAUUGUGUAUUGCUUUGUAUGUAAACAUUUACUAAAUAAAAAAAAUCCUAGGGAAA